CUAACCCUCGCGUUAUCUGGACGGGGCUAUUUGAUUUUCACGCCCAGAAUCGCCCCCCUCCCUCCCCAAGGAGACUCCAGGAUGGCCGCUUGUGCAGCGUUUGGGGCCGCGAGGCAGCUCUGGAGGCCGGCCUUGCUGGCACCCCGUUCGGUGCAGGCUCUACCAGACAGCAAUCGCAGGAAUGUGGCCUCGGUCUUUCUCUCGGUCCAAGACUGGUUAAGCAGUGUCCAAAGAGAUAUAAAAGAAGAGCAACAGACAAUUCCACCUCCUGCCAAAUAUGGGGGACGGCACACGGUGACCAUGAUACCCGGAGAUGGCAUUGGGCCAGAACUCAUGCUUCAUGUCAGGGAGGUAUUCAGGCAUGCCUGCGUGCCUGUGGACUUUGAAGAAGUUCUCAUGACCUCAGAGGCAUCUGAAGAGGACAUGAAAAAUGCCCUGAUGGCCAUCCGGCGCAACCGUGUGGCCCUUAAAGGAAACAUUGAGACGAACCAUAACCUUCCACCUACCCACAAGUCUCGGAACAACCUCUUGCGCACUAGCCUGGAUCUCUUUGCUAAUGUGAUUCAUUGCAAAAGCCUUCCGGGAGUAGCAACCAGGCACCAUGACAUCGACAUCCUUAUUGUCCGGGAGAACACAGAGGGCGAGUACAGCAGCCUGGAGCAUGAGAGUGUCUCUGGUGUCGUGGAGAGCCUGAAGAUCAUCACCAAGUUCAAGUCCCUGCGUAUUGCAGAAUAUGCUUUCAAGUUGGCACAUGAAGCUGGGCGCAAGAAGGUGACAGCUGUCCACAAAGCCAACAUCAUGAAGCUGGGUGAUGGUCUCUUCCUGCAGUGCUGCAGAGAGGUAGCAGCUGAAUACCCAAACAUUACCUUUGAAAGUAUGAUUGUUGACAACACAACUAUGCAGCUCGUGUCCCGCCCACAGCAAUUUGAUGUCAUGGUUAUGCCUAACCUCUAUGGCAACAUCGUCAACAACGUCUGCGCCGGAUUGGUGGGGGGCCCAGGCCUGGUGCCAGGGGCGAAUUAUGGGCUUAACUAUGCAGUUUUUGAAACGGCCACACGUAAUACUGGCAAGAGCAUUGCUGGCAAGAACAUUGCCAACCCCACAGCCAUGCUGCUGGCUGGCUGCAUGAUGCUGGACCACCUCAAACUGCACAACUAUGCAUCUGUCAUUCGCAAGGCAGUCCUGUUCUCCAUGGAUGAUCCAGAUACCCACACCCCGGAUAUUGGAGGUCAGGGUACAACCUCAGAAGCUGUUCAGUCAAUUCUGAAACAGAUCAAGAAUAUAAACCCUAGCCUGGUGCAGUGACAUCCUGAAGCCCAACUCUAGGUUCUGCUGAAAAUACCUUGUGGUCUGUGAAUGGAGCAGGCUCUUCCACUCCCAACUAUCCAAGCACAAGCUUCAUUUUCUGUACAUAUUGUUUAAACUGGCAAUCCCUCUACAAAGGAAAUAAAUGUAAAUGUGAA